AUGAUAAAUUCAUUUCCUUACAGUAAUUUCAGGAAAAGAGCACCCGUAGUUGGUGUGUAUACUCAGUGUGAUGGUGACUUCCCCAUCACUGUUGUUGAGGAUACAUACAUUCCACCAAUAUAUGUACCUGGUAAAAAGACCAUCGAACACAUUGUAUUGGAUAGCACUGUCGAAAUUGAACCAAAAAGCACUCUUGUCAUGACUGUCACCUUACUUGAUGGUACACCAGUACCAAAAUUUACAAGUAAAGAGGAUUAUUGUAAAAGUGAGUCAAAACCCCCUGAUAUAGAUUGUCCAAUUCCGGCAGGACACCUCGACUUUACAAUUGAUUAUGUAUUCCCUACUAGUCCUGACCAACCUGUGGAUAAAACUAUAAAAUAUAUCUUAUCAGCCCAGAUAAUAGAACUUUAUUGUGUGAAACAGGUGUAG